CUUCUUGCCGCUCCUCUAUAAAGUUCAGAUCUGUGGAGAGACCUAUUUCAUUGCUAUUUAGGUCGUGCUCCGUUUUAUUUUGUGGCGUCAGAGUAAAGAGGCUGAGGAGGAAAGCUUUCGGCAUUUCAACUCGUAAAGAAUUUUGCUGGCCGCGUGUCGCUUUCCCUCCGCUUCACGAUGAAUCGCCCUUCGGUGAAAGUCUCUGUAACGCCAAUAAAACACGUCGAAUAUGAGGUUUUGAACGUGGCAGAACGUGGCAAAAGUUCAAGGGCUGCGUAUGCAGCUCCGAAAGGCUCCAUAAAUACCAAAUAAUGUCCAAAGAGGAAAUGGAGGUCAUGUCAGAUUUUCGCGUUAGUCUUAAAAAACAGAAGCUCGGUUUGGGGAAUAGAUAUUCUGUAAGAAUCAAUACCCGGUUUCUACCUAAUAGCCUCUUUUUCUUGUCUCUGCGCUGUACCUCAUUUCACUUUAUAGCCCUACUUCUUCCUUUUAUCUGUCUUUCUCAUCUCAGUGACCUCACAGACAGCAGCAUUCCUUUUAUUACUCUCUGCUCUGCUUUCUAAUCCCAUCUCUUCCCCUUCCUCCUCCCCCUCCUCAUCCUCCGCCUGCAGGUGCAGCAGCAGGCGGCGUUGAUGGCGUCUGUAGGACAGGGGGGCUACCUUAGUCCUAUGGCGGCCUUCGCAGCAGCCCAGAUGCAGCACAUGGCCACCAUCAAUGGCCUCCCCGGAGCACCGCUGACCCCCACGUCAGGUGGCAGCACUCCUCCGGGCAUUAGCGCCCCCACAGUGACCAGCAUCCCCUCCCCCAUUAGCGUUAAUGGUUUUACUGGCAUGCCGCCGCCCCAGGCGAACGGGCAGCCGCCGGCAGAGGCUGUCUUCACCAACGGGAUCCACCAUUACCCGGUGUUGCAGGAGGUGGUUUUUAGGGAGGACUCAGAGAAAAACGGCUUGGGCGUGGCUCCGCGGAGUUGUUUUGGGGUUCAGGGUGGCUGCUUCCUCUCCUCUCUCUCUGAAGCAGCUCAGAGUCCCACUGCGGCCGACCCUCUCCAGCAGGCUUACACAGGAGUCCAGCAGUACGCAGCCUACCCCGCCGCAUACGGUCAGAUCAGCCAAGCCUUCCCCCAUCCUCCACCCAUCAUUCCACAGCAGCAACGAGAAGGACCAGAGGGGUGCAACCUGUUCAUCUACCACCUCCCUCAGGAGUUUGGGGAUGGAGAGCUGAUGCAGAUGUUCCUGCCUUUCGGUAAUGUCAUCUCCUCCAAAGUGUUUGUGGAUCGGGCGACAAACCAAAGUAAAUGCUUUGGAUUUGUGAGCUUCGACAACCCAGGUAGUGCCCAGGCUGCCAUCCAGUCCAUGAACGGCUUCCAGAUUGGCAUGAAGAGACUGAAGGUCCAGCUCAAGAGGCCAAAGGACGCCAACCGCCCCUACUAGCCCCUUCUCCCCUGCCCCAGCCGGCCACCGCGGCAGGCGGGGCAGCCGCCGUCAACAGGAAGAGACAGGAUUUGUUGAGCUGAAUAAUACGUUGACCACUUGCCACCCACCGCUGAGCGCAAACUCGGCUUCUGGACCACAAAGUCUGCUUCAGAAAAAGAGAGAAGAGAGCGCGAGCAUUGACCCGGUCCAGGACACUUCCCUUUGGAUGUACUAAAAACUUUUGAACUGAGAGAGCGUUUUCUGGUUAGCACCAGGACUUCUUUUCCUCCUGCACACAUAUAUACACCUCCUCCACCUAAAAAAGAAAAAAGAAAAACAACACAAAAAAAAACCUGCUUGAAUGACAGCUACCUUUUUCUGGACCACAGACACUUUUACUUGAACACCGAGAUGGGG